AUGAGGAAUUAUAAUGGUGUUUCUGAUGUGGAGCUAAGGAUAGCCAUGCCAGACAAAACUACAGUUACCAUCCGGGUGCGAAAGAAUUGCACAACAGACCAGGUCUACCAGGCUGUUGUAACACAAAUUGGGGUGGACAGCAUUACUGCAAGUUAUUUUGCCCUGUUUGAAGUCAUUAACCACUCCUUUGCACGCAAGCUGGCCCCUAAUGAGUUUCCACAUAAGCUGUAUGUGCAGAACUAUACGUCUGCCGUCCCAGGCACCUGCCUCACGCUUCGCAAGUGGCUCUUCACCACAGAAGAAGAGAUUCUACUCAAUGAUAAUGAGCUGGCCAUCAACUAUUGCUUUCAUCAGGCUCUGGAUGAUGUGAAAAAGGGAUUCAUCAAAGUGGGAGAGAAAUCCUACCAGCUCCAAAAGCUCACCGAACAGAGGAAAAUGACAAUGUAUUUAAGUAUUCUGAGGACUUGUGAGGGCUACAAUGAGAUCACUUUCCCGCACUGCUCCUGUGACUCGCGUAGGAAAGGUCACGUGGUCACUGCGAUAAGCAUCCGCCACUUUAAACUCCAUGCGUGCACAGAGGAUGGCGCUCUAGAGAAUCAGGUGAUAGCUUUUGAGUGGUCCGAGAUGCAGAGAUGGGACACGGAUGAAGAGGGAAUGGCUUUCUGUUUCGAGUAUGCGCGAGGAGAGAAGAAACCUCGCUGGGUCAAAAUCUUCACUCCAUAUUUCAACUACAUGCACGAGUGCUUCGAGAGAGUCUUCUGUGAGCUCAAAUGGAGAAAAGAGGUUGAAGAGGAGGCCACGGACAAGGACAAUAAGAACUGCAGUAAAGAUGAAUAUCUUCCAACUGUUGAGACGCAGAAGGGAUGGAGGCACAUGAAUGAAGAGAUCAUCUCCUCUUGAAUUCUCAAAUACAUGCACACGUACACUAAAAGCUGCAUACAGAGACUCAGAAAACAUUUCAGACCAGUUCCAUAUGCUUAUCCACUACUGAUACACACUUACUGAAAUAAGAAGAUAUGAAGCAGGAAAUUACACAAACACAGUACAACUACAAAUGACUUUUUAGAGACUUACGCCAUCAUUUCACUGGACUGGACAGAUUUAUGUUGGACGUACUGACCGCCAGCUCGGGACGGGAGAGACGACAACGAAAGACUAUAAUGCUCCAGGAGACAGACGUGGUGAAGUGAUGUCUGAUGAACGCGCCCUGGUCGUUGACAUGGCACCAGCAUUGUGACUAAUUCAUGUCAUGUGACUGGUCAGAUGCAGACAACUGAGAGACUGAACUGUGCAAUUUAAAGACAUGGAAACGUUGGCGGUCUGACUAAUGCAUCAUCCUGACACUAACACAUGCACCUGUGAGGGCAGCGAUGCUCUCUCAGAAUGUAUCUAUAAAAAAAAA